UUGACAGAUGUUUUUGACGUUUUACGACCGGAAUAAUCGAACCAAAACAAAUCGUAUAAAACAGUUUAGAUUUUAAUUAAUUCACCUUGUUGUAAAAAGCGUUGCAUUUUUAGUGUAUCAAACCAGCGUGAGACCCAGUGUACUUCAUUUCGUCGAGCGGCUAUAGUACUCAAAGCAAAAUAUUGAAGUUUGUUAUCGCUACGCAAUAUCAAUUUGAUCUUUACUCUCAUUACCACUCAUUACGCCGUUUGCAGCAUUACUGAGCGCUCGGUUUUAACUCUGCAGUCUUGAGUAAUCGUGGAAAAUGAAUCGAUGGCUUUUUAUUUUGUUUAUUAUAAAAGUUAUAAGUGCUGGUCCCACUCCUGUAGUGCUAUGGCAUGGAAUGGGUGAUACCUGCUGUAUGCCAUACAGCUUGGGCUACAUAAAGCACUUCUUGGAGCAGCAGAUUCCAGGUGUCUACGUGCAUUCAAUCAGGGUUGGCGACAAUACCGUGGAAGACUUGGAAAACAGCUACUUUAUGAGCCCAAAUGAGCAAGUGCAAGAUGUUUGCGACAUGCUUGUGAAGGACCCUAAGUUGCAAAGUGGUUUCAAUGCAAUUGGCUUUUCACAGGGCAGUCAGUUCCUUCGUGCAUUAGUUCAAAGAUGUGGCCACAAGCUGCCUCCGAUCAAGAAUCUCAUCACCCUUGGAGGCCAGCAUCAAGGGGUUUAUGGGCUUCCCCACUGCGGAGCCAUUCAGCACAGAUCCUGCGACUAUGUCAGGAAACUGCUCAACUAUGCUGCCUAUUAUAGUUGGGUGCAAAACAGCCUCGUCCAAGCUACAUACUGGCACGAUCCGCUGGACGAAAAGACCUACAAGAAGAAAAGCGAGUUCCUAGCCGACAUAAACAACGAAGUGACCAUAAACCAGACGUACAUAGACAAUCUGAACAGCCUAGAGAACUUGGUGCUCGUGAAGUUUACAAAUGACUCUAUAGUGCAGCCGCGAGAGACCGAAUGGUUCGGCUUCUAUGCGCCUGGGCAAGCCAAAAAGUUGCAGAAGUUGCAGGAAACUGAACUCUAUUUACAGGAUCGUCUGGGUCUAAAGAAAAUGAACGAAGCUGGAAAAUUAGUUUUCCUCUCACUACCGGGAGACCACCUCCAGUUUACCCAAGACUGGUUCAUCAAUGUAAUCAUCAAGAAAUACCUGAAUCCCGCUGCGGAGUGAUCUUUUAAUGUUAAGUAUAAUAAUUACCUAUAACUCAUUUUAUUUUUAAGUAAUUGUCUGAAGUGAGACUUGCAUGAGACGCUUAAUUAUAAGGAAAUUUG